AUGGACAUAAGAGAUUAUAAUGAUCAUCAAGAACUUUACAUAAAAAUAGCAGCAUCUGGGUUAACAGGCAAAUCCAGCAUCUACAAGAACGGAGUACUGAUCAGUGUGGUUCUGUCAGUUUCUUUAGUUGUACUGCUUGUAACUGCGGUAACAUAUGCCUGUAGAAAGAUUAAGAAAAAGUCUCACCAGAAACGCCAAGAUGAAACCAGAAGUUCAAUGCUUGACUGGACUCAACGCUUUCGUAUUAUACAUGGUAUAGCUCGUGGAAUUCUGUAUCUACAUCAAGAUUCACGCCUUCAAAUCAUCCAUCGAGAUCUCAAGGCAAGUAAUAUCUUGUUGGACGAUGGAAUGAAUCCAAAAAUAUCUGACUUUGGGCUUGCUCGAUUUUUCAAUGGACACGAUGCCAUGGCUAUGACGAAGAAGGUGGUCGGGACAUAUGGUUACAUUUCUCCUGAGUAUGCAGUACAUGGACAUUUUUCGACAAAGUCGGAUGUAUUUAGCUUUGGUGUUCUUGUGUUGGAGAUAGUGAGCGGAAAGAAAAACAGAGGGUUCACUCAUGAGGGUCAUAGUGACAACCUUCUUGGACAUGCAUGGAGACUCUAUAUGGAAGACAAGUCCAUUGAACUCACGAAUGCAUCUUUACACGGCUCAUAUGUGGUAUCCGAAGUACUACGAUCAAUACAUGUUGGAUUAUUGUGUGUGCAACGUCAUGCAGAAGAUAGGCCAACUAUGUUGUCAGUGGUUUUGAUGUUAAUUAGUGAGGGCGCAUUGCCUCCACCAAAGGAACCUGCUUUUUUCAUGCAAGAAAGUUUUCGUUAG